AUGGCAGCUGGGCCUGUAAUUCGCAAGCAGAGUGAACGGUCCCUGCAAAUAACACUACCGAAAUCGACUAGACAUCCUACCUUAUCAUAUAGACACCCAGCAUUGUACAUAGCGGCGAGUGCAAAUCUGAUCAAACACGCAAAACUGCUGGCAAUCUCUUUUACAUGGAAUACAAGCGUGGAACCAAGUUAUGUCUCUCGUCAUGUAAUGAAAACUAGAAGGUUGAUAGAGCAGCGCUCUUCCUCCGAACCGCCACAACAAAAACAGGCAGAUUAUGAUUUAAACCAGCAGGCUGUAAUCAAACAUAGAAACCCGUUGUCCUCUGGAAAGUUGUCUAGAGAUGCAUUCACAAAGAGCAAUCACGAAACAGUAGUAUUGUCGGACUCUCGCAAUAACCAUACUACUAAUAAGCUUCUUCUUGACGACAAUGCAUCAACUGGUAUUAUUAACGUGAACUUUCCAGAAUCAGACGUAACAGAAUCGGGUAAAACAGUAUUCAAUCGUAUUCGUAUUAGUGACUAUUCUACCGAAAUGGAACGAGUGACUUCCAGCGCAAUGACGUCAAUCGCUAAGCGUCGUAAAUUACUAGUUGCGUCUUCGUCCAGUAACGACUCAUACAUUGCUGAUGUGAAUCUGGAUAUAGAACGCAAAAACUGGCAAGGGGGAAAGAACCAGUCUACAAGACAUGCAUACGAUCGAGCUGCGACUAGUAAAAUGUCUUCCGAAACUAUUGAGACUAAACCGAAAGCAGACAAUAACAAUUACAAUAACCAAUUUAUUCUGCAUACGGCAACACACAAUAAAGCAAACAUGCAUAUUGAUAACAGUCGGGAUGCGUUCCGUAUAGUCUGUCCAGACAUUGUCGUCGCCCCACCAGGAGAUCUGUUUCUCGAAACAAAAUGCUUGAAAUUGGACCGAGAAAUUGAUGAUGUUGUAGAUAGCUUGCGAGUAGUGCGAGAGUUUGUACGGUUUAAAGAGUCUCAUGAGCAAAACGAUGACGAAUUAGAAACGUCAAUGAAACUUUUUAAACAUCACUCUGCUCGUUUGCAAACGCUGAAGAAUCAGAGAGCUCAGUACAUGAAGCAAGCAAUGGAAAAUGUGUUAUCACCUGAGAAGACAAAGGUUUCUAUUGCUACAUGGUUCUUAGACACGUUGACGAAGGCCGUCUAUUAUACGAUACUCGUAGAACAAUACGACUCGGAUGGAAUUUUGAAAUUUGGGUGGAUUAUUCCACGUCGUUACAGCGAAUUUGUCAGUUUGUACUCGAAGCUGAAAGGGAGUGUUGAAGGCAUCGACAAGUUGGAUUUACCAAGUAAGCGAUAUUUUUUCAACCAGGAACCAACGUUUCUCAGUGAACGUCAGAGUCAAUUAGAACAAUACUUACAGAGCCUAGUGAGUAACUUUGAAGUUUGCGAAUCGACGGCACUUAGUAGCGCCGUUGGUGAUGUUAUUCGUGAGAGCAGAAAAUGGCUUGCAAUAAACGAUGAUGAUUAUGCUGCUCAGCUUCGCAAGAAUCGAAGACCAAAGUGGCCUGCACUUGAGCAAGCCAUAACUAUUUGGCUUGAAAAACUUCUUCUUGGAAAUCAGGAGAGCACUUUAUUGCAGAACUUAAUAGAUCGCCUACCAUAUAAUGAGAAAUUGACAUAUGUUAAAGAGGCCUCAUUACAUAAAAUCGUUGGACGAAUAUUAUUUAAUGUUAUUAUUGUUUAUUAG